AUGAGUGGCCGAGGCUCCGGUAUGAGUGGACGAGGCUCCGGUAUGAGUGGCCGAGUCUUCGGUGUGAGUGGCCGAGGCUCCGGUAUGAGUGGCCAAGGCUUCGGUAUGAGUGGCCGAGGCUUCGGUAUUAGGAGGCGAGGCUUCGGUAUGAGUGGCCGAGGCUCCGGUAUGAGUGGCCGAGGCUUCGAUAUGAGUGGCCGAGGCUCCGGUAUGAGUGGCCAAGGCUUCGGUAUGAGUGGCCGAGGCUCCGGUAUGAGUGGCCAAGGCUCCAGUAUGAGUGGCCGAGGCUCCGGUAUGAGUGACUGA